UUUUAGGAGUUCGGGAGAACGGCACAGGACCCUUUUCUUUAGAAACGGGCGCUUUUACAGCUGGAACUAGUUCUCUAACAGGCACAAGGGUUAACAAACUGAGCAGGAAAACAUUCAGACGCCCUGACCACAGAGCCCAACCUUACAUCAGAGCCACGCCAGAGAACCGUAUGUGUGGAGAACCAGGGCCGUCCGGAAUAACGCACACUACAAGACUGCAAAACAGCACCCCUCCACAUAAUGACCAGGACACCAUACGAUCCCAAACGUUUUUGGAAUGUUUAAGGAGUAUCGACCUCCCAGAACGACAAAAACCCGGAGCUUCGUGCAACAGUGGAGAGUCAGAACCGAUCUUCAUCAGCGGCCCUGCAACAACACCGAGUGAGUGGCUGCCUCGUGAUUUCUCUGAUGUUUUUGAGUAUAGUAUAUCAGAUUUCGAUCUAGUUCAUAUACCCACCACCCCAGAAUGUGCCAGAAAUAACGUUGAUUCACACAUAGAUUUUGAAGAAGACGGCAUAACAGACUCUCAAAUAUCAGCGGCGUAUGAUGCUUACAUGAAGGUUCCAGACGCCCAGCCUGCUGAACAGAGUCAUAUAGCUUCAAAAAACGAUAUACUAUCUUUGAUCGAUGCUAAACUCACCCAACACCAACAAGCAGUACAGAGGGAUGUGCAAGAAAUAGCAGUUAAAUUCAACCAGUUUCAACAAGUAGUACAGGUGGGCUUACAAGAAAUAGCAGCUAAACUCAAUCAACAUCAAGAAGCAGCACAGGGCGACUUGCAUGAAAUAGCUGGUGGUCUAACUAGUACCCAGCAGGCAAUAAACAGUACCUGGGGUUUAUUAGAUCUUAUUAGUACCCACUUUUUAAAUCGUUGACUUUUAAAAUCCACACCAUGGACCCACCCCGUAAAUUAUUCAAACACAAUGAUGGCACCUCCACUCGAGCUAAAUGGUUUGACUUUGAGGGUUAUAACCAGUGGGCUGCGCAAAUAGUAAACAAAUGCCAAGUUUUGCAUGCAAGACUUAGUAGCGUAGCAGCAUCAUCCUCAACCGAUACACGUCCUUGUCAGACUGUUCCUACGCCAGCUAUUGCUGCUAGGGCUAUUGUUGUUAAUAAUACUGAUUGUACACCCACUGUUGCAGGGGCCAUUGUUGUUACUGAUGCUAACCGUAUAACUGGUGCUGCUGCUGAUUUUGCGUCUGAUGCACAACCUAGCCGCGCCACCUCUGCUGAUGCUACUGCAGUUGCUAUUGAGCCUGUUACCGCUUCUACUGAUACUUCUGCCACACAUGAGUGUCCGGGUGCCACUGCUGAUGGUGCAACACCACACACCCCCUCAAUCAUUGCAAAUUUCUCACAACCUGAUACUGCAGUAAUCGACCCCAUUGUCCAGUCUGGGUCUGGCAGUCGCUCUCAGCCACACAUUAGAGAGAUACCUAAUUUUAAUGCUCGCGAAUUGCGUGAGCGCAUUGAUUUUAGGGGUAUAAGUCUCGAACACCCAGAACAAGUGCCUGCGCGAGUACGCGAGUCCUUAAGCAAUGUGAUAGACAGAGCGGUGGCUGGAUCUCAACAGGGCUGUGUUCUAAAUGUGGUCCUGCGUGGCCCCUCGCUGGCUUCAGAUGUUCAGGCUGUUUUAAACGCUGGUGAUCGGUAUGAUCCGGAGCUGUUUCUCGAUCAAAUUGCACAAGUUAUGCAAAGUAAUGAUGAAUCUAUCGGUGAUGAUGAAUUAGAGUUUAUUGUCACGGUAGCUCAGAACAGUAGUGGUGGUGGCGGGGCUCGCUUAAGACUGGCGCACAUACCUUAUGAUGAGAUUCUCUCAAAGAAAGGUAAACAUUUAUACACACCAAACAACACACACAACAAUUUGUGCUUCUCCCUUUGCAUAGCACAUUCAUUAAACUCAACAUCCUCUGAGCUUGAAAAACUUGCUACAGCUAAACAGAUGCAUGCUGAAGUAGGUCUAUGUGACACACAGCAAGUAUCAUUCUCUGAUGUCAGCAAAUUUGAGAAGCAGUUCAACAUUAAGAUUGUAAUCUAUUACCACACAGAAGGGCGUAAACGCCUGGAAUGUUUUUUCACACAUGAAGAGCCAAACACAAACACGUUGAUGAUGUAUCUCCAUAAUCAACAUUACCACCUGAUUUUAAACCCGCCCGCUUUUUUUGGGGCGUCCUACGUGUGUAAUUUCUGUUACAGUACAUAUAAUACACCAUUACACCACAGCUGUAAACAUAGAUGUAACACUUGUUAUACACUCUGUCAACACCACAGGGGUCCCACAGUGAAAUGCAGUGACUGUAACCGCAUCUGCAAGUCACAACACUGUUACCAGCAGCACAAAUUACCUGAAUUAAAACACAACAUGAUCCCCUGUGAUAAUAUGAAACAUUGCAUGCACUGCGGCAACACAUAUAGAGAAUCCAAGAAAUCGCCACACAAAUGUGCGCAGCCUAGAUGCGAGCACUGCCACGAACCUAAAUUAGCAGGAGACUCCGACCAUCAGUGUUUCAUACAGCCUGUUGAAAAACAGAAGCCUAGCGAUAAAUACAUUUUAUAUGAUUUUGAGACGAGGUACCACAAUGGUAAACACGAGGCUAACUUUGUGUGUGCGUCUGAUCUGAAGGGCAAUAAGUUCACAUUUAAUACAUUAAAGUGUGUGGAGGCGCUUGUGCAGCAUUACAGACGCCCAAGGUUUCGUGGGUACACUUUCAUAGCACACAAUGCAUCUGGGUUUGAUAAUUACAUACUCCUGGAGUACUUUGUCAGACAGAGCAUAACACCUAGUGUCAUAAUGAACGGCAGCCGUGUGAUUUUGAUGCAUGACCGGGACUAUGACCAGCGGUGGAUUGAUUCGUUCAGCUUUUUGCCCAUGGGCCUUGCCAAAAUACCCUCUGCUUUAGGUUUUCAAGACCU